UCAAUGUUCUCUGGUCACCAUUUCGACGCGUAUUAUGAACUCUUGCAUUCUGGCACAAUUUAUUUCCCUGCAAUUUUCUGAUCGCAAAGACCUGGAAUAAGGUAUUUAUGUGUUGUGAAGAGAAUAAGGACUUACAUAAUAACGUAAUAAAAGAUAUGAAGCUACCGACUGUAGUCAUUUCGGGCAUCUUGGUCAGUUGUCUUUAUCGGAUUCGGGAGGUCUACGCACAGACGGACGCUCUAACGCCAGAUGAAAUUGCCACCAUGCAAGCUUGGGGGAUCGAGGUCGAAGUUCACGCAGAAAACAACACCAUCACCAUAAAGCACCAUGGUUACCCAAACCACACGUUCGAGGGUGGCUGGGGUAAUAACCCCAAUACUGUCAGCCACCAGAACUAUAGCUUCAACAUUCCGAAACAUGCUACCGUAUCGGCAACGCCUGCUUGCGUUGGUCAACUGGGACCAAUAGGACUGUCACUAAGUGGUGCGUCGUUCUAUAAUCCAUACACUGGAGGCGGCAACAACGCCGUUGAGGGUGACUGUGCGGAAACGUUUGACGAUUGUUCCGGUCAUCCCUCACCAGGCGGCGCGUACCAUUACCACCAACUUCCGUCCUGUAUUUACACGGGCAAUGACUUGCGUAAUAAAUUCCUCGGCGUUGCCUUUGACGGCUACCCGAUAUACGGACCUAUGGAUGGCAAUGCAAACAAUUUAACCUCAUCAGAUCUAGACGACUGCCACGGGCACACGGACUCAGACGGACGGUACAAAUACCGCGCCACCGCUGACUUCCCUUACUUGCUUGGUUGCUACCACGGAGAGCCAGUCAUGGAGCUAGGGAAUGCGAAUGGUAACGGUGGCAACUUACCUCCGCCGCCGAACGGCCAGAGACCUCCGUCGUCGAAUGGCCAGGGACCUCCGCCUGCUGGACGUAAACGCCGCAGCAUGUCAAACAUGAGGUACGAGUUUGUGGGAUAUGACGAAACAAAAAAUAGGAGAGUCUUCAAGCGUCAAACAAUGACGCAGACAAACGAAUGCCUGAAUGUCGAAUACCAGAACUGGCAGAGUCAGACGUGUUAUGCGUUUUGCGAGAACCCAAGCGACGGUUCCUUCGAUGAUUGCCCGUUUAACAGCGCUCCAGUCCCGGGUUAUGGCGCGAAAGGAAUUGGUAUUUUCGUAGCUGUCCUAACCAUGCUAAUUGUACCGGAAUGAAAUCACCACGUGUUCAGAUAGGGAUCAUUACAAUCGAUCCAUGUGGAUUUGUCAAGAAUAUUUUUUAUGAUUGUGGAUUAUUAACUGACAUGUACAAACAAUACGAUUAACCAAUAUUAAUAUAGUUUGAUAUCUAUAUUUAUUUGUGUUGCUAGUAAUCAGGAUAACGUGGAUUUAUUCUAUCAUAGAUAUCAUGAAGACACUAAUGUUGCUUGUAUAAAUGCCUUUAAUGAUUUAUAUUCGACUUGACAUAAAGCCUUCGCCGUUACAUAAUGAUUUGGUUUGAACGACUGUGCGAAAGGUCUUGGCAUUUUGGAAGCCGCCUAAAGCGUGUAUAGAUACUACUAUUUAGAUAGAAACCCCGCCCAGUUUCAAUUACGUGAAAUUAUCUUCAGGUCAUAUUUUUGUUAUUUGAAUACAUAUUUGUAUAAGAAAUGACGAUAACCGGAACCAAAAAUGAGAACACAGAUGAGAAAUCGAAGCCUGGUGACUUGUUGCCCACUACGACGUUAUAUAGUUACGGACUUCUUUAUUGAUAAUCCUAAGAGUUGUUAUUAGAAACAAAAAAACUGCUGGUUAAUGAAUGAGGCUGAUAUGUCUAUGACAUGCAAGGGAUUUGCUUAGAUAUCUAACCAUGAUCAAUGUCAAAACAAAUGUACCUGUUAACUGUUGAACAUUUUCGUGUUGUUUCUAAUUGCUGACUAAUAAUUUAGUGUUGCUUUGUGAACUCACUGAGUUGUAUCAUUUGAUGGAAUUGCACUGCCUAUUGAACUUAGUGCCUGCAUGUCAUUUGUAAAUCCGCAAAUGUUAAAAAAGAACCUCAUCCUUUUUUGCAAUUAACAAGUAUUAAAAAAAUAUUAUUUAUUCGU